UCGAAUCUAAGAAAACGAAUUAGAAAAAAAACCGGAAAAAAAGGGGACAAAAAUCCCCCCAAGUUCCCCACCCUCGAGGCGCCUCGCCGAAUUCGACUCGAGGUCCCGCCAAUCGAGCGAUUGAUUUCUAGGUCGGAUCGGGGAAUCGGAUAAUGGACGAGUUUGAGCUGGAGGACAACCUAGAGCUAAUCCUUCAGAGCAUCCAGGAACUCAUCGAGGACCCUGGGGAGAACAACCCCUUCGGUGCGGCCAACCAUGACGAGCUCAUCGCCAGCCUCCUCUACAACAACCAGGAGAAUAUGCAGACUGAUGUGUCCGUGGAGGACGUCAGGGAUGGGAAGGACAUGCAGGGGAUCCCGUGGGAGAAGAUUGUGUUUCGGAGGGAUCAGUAUCGGGAGAUGAAGAUGAAGAAUUACAGAAAUUAUCAGAACCUGAGUUAUGCCCGAGAGGAAGUUUUGGAGGACUGCAAAUAUGUUGAAAAAGAUAGUCCUUACUACGAUUUCCAGUACAACACAAGGCGUGCUCGUCCAUCAAUUGUACAUUUUCAGCUAAGGAAUCUGGUGUGGGCAACAACCAAACAUGAUGUUUACACGGUGCACAACCAAUCAGUGAUGCACUGGUCAUCACUGGACCAGACAAGCACUGAGCUAAUCAAUGCAGAUGACUGCAUUAUACCAAAACAGAGAGGGCAUGGGUCACAGUCCGUUGCAAUGGUCCAGGUGACAACUAUGGCUGUGGAUGAUAGUUUAUUGGUAAUUGGUGGUUUUCAGGGUGAGAUUAUAUGCAAGCGCCUAGAGGAUGAUGGAGUUCUUUUUAGCACCAGAGUUACAGACGAUGAGAAUGCUAUUACCAACUCUUUGGAGAUAUAUCAGGAUCCCAAUGGAUCUAGACGGUUGGUUGCUGCUAACAAUGACUGCGCUGUCAGAAUUUUUGAUAUUGAGUACUUUGACCUGCUGAAGCACUAUGUCUUCCCAUGGUCUGUGAAUAGCGUUUCAGUGAGCCCAAAAGGGGGACUGUUCGCUGUCCUUGGGGACCAUGAGGAUGGCUUGGUAGUGGAUCCCAAGUGUGGCAAGGCAAUUGGUACACUUAAGGGUCACUUGGACUACUCUUUCGCAUCUGCCUGGCAUCCUGACGGCAAUAUCUUGGCUACCGGCAGUCAAGAUACAACUUGUCGGCUGUGGGACAUUCGGAACCUGUCACAGUCUGUAGCUGUACUUGGCGGAAGGAUGGGCUCGAUACGUUGUAUCAAGUUCUCUUCAGACGGGCGGUUCUUGGCUACUGCAGAACCUGUGGAUUUCGUCCAUAUCUAUGAUUCAUAUGCAGACUAUGGCAGAUCUCAUGAGAUUGAUUUGUUUGGUGAGAUUGCUGGAUUGUCCUUCAGCCCAGACACCGAGGCCUUCUACGUUGGCAUUGCAGACCCAACAUACGGAGGCCUCAUCGAGUUCAACAGGAGGCACCAGCACCAUUAUUUGAACUGUAUGUGGUGAUGCCUUUGCAUUUGCAGUGCAUUCAGUCCUCAGUCGAAGAGCAGCAGGUAUAGCAAUCAUUCGAUUGUGUGCCGCAUAACUUGCACAACUGGCGCACUAACAGUUACAUCUCACUGAAGAAAUUUGCUGCUUUAGUUUUUAGGUGCAGCACCUGAAGCUCAUGAAUGAUCUGGAACUGUAUAGAAUUAUGUGGUCUUCCCCCUUGUUUUUACCCUUUCGUUUAUAGGUUGUCCUAGGAACUGGUGGGAGAUAGUUAUGUAUGUACAUAUAGUUGGUGGUACAGGUUGUGCAUGUGGAGAGUGACUCCCCGGUUCUUUAGUCUCUACAAGCCAACAUCAAGCAUAAGAGCAUUGGCCACAAAACAGCAUGCUUUUGCGGAGUUGUGGGUAGUUCGUCUCUAAGAGCAUUCCCAGCAUCUAUUCUACCCUUCUCUAUUAUGGAAAUGGAGUACGAGAAAAAAAAAGUUACUUGAGCACAUAUUUUAUCUCAUUAUUA